AUGGGAUCCUUAGUCGACGGCGACCACGCUCUGAGGGAUGGAAUCGCUGCCACGACGACGACCGUUGGGGAGGAAGUAGCUCCGAAGGCCGAACCGCCUCACGUCGAGGGUUCAUACAGCUCAGCCGUCUCCACCCCAGAGCCGGAGGGCGAAGUCGUCGUCCAUCAGGAUCCAGUUCAGCGGCAAAAGCGGAAAGGUGGAAGAAAACCAAUAUAUGCCACGUCCGAAGAACGUAAACAACGCAAUAGACAGGCCCAGGCCGCGUUCCGCGAACGAAGGACGGAAUACAUAAAGCAGCUCGAAGCCACCAUUAAACUGAAUGAGGAGACCCUCCGUACCUUGCAGCAAAGCCACCGUAGCGCUGCCGAUGAAUGUUUGAUGCUGCGAUAUAAAAAUUCGCUUCUCGAGCGGAUUCUAUUAGAAAAAGGCAUUGAUGUCCAGGGGGAAUUGCGUCUCAAGAGUGGCAGUCCGAGUCUACCACCGGCGAGAUUGCCUCCUCAUCAGCCCCACCGUCCGUCACCCCUUUCCCAGCCAAUGUUCAAUAGACAACCAACACAUCAACAGUCAGUUGGAAUUGCACAGAGAUCCGCGCAAGUUGGUGUCUCCCAACAUGAAGGAGCUUACAAUGUGCACUCUUCACAAACGCAGCAACCCACUCCGUCAUCACACGUCUCUCCCUCGCCUGCUGCCUCUGUCUCUUCCGGAUAUACAUUGCAUGGUGGGAUGUCCCCGGCUGGAGUAGAAAUCCAUGCUCAGUCACAGUCGCAUAAGUCCCAAUUUCCACGGGCACCAGUGCUACCGCAGCCCGGUGGUUUCGGUCAGGGAGCGCAUGUUCUGACUCCCACGUCCAUCGACACCCCAGACACAAAUGCGGGUUCUCAACCAGGAGCACCCUCUGGCACCCCCAUCAAUACCCGAAUGCACUCCUCCUAUAUCGUUACACCAUUCUCCAGACCUUAUGAGCAAUUAGGCAAGUUGCCCCGGCAGGAGUAUGGCGCACAAGCAAUGUCUCACGAUCAACAAGAACCCGAAGAGUCGACGACCACACCGAACACGUUUGCCCAUGAAUUCUCCACGACAAGAGGGACACAGCGAGGCAGUCACUCCGAACUGCAUUCACAUGUGGGCGAUACCGACGGAUUCGGAGCGGCAACGUCGUUCGCCGAUCACUUCGAUCCGAUGCUGGAUACGGAUCCAUUCGGCUUGAGUGCCAGCAUGCACUUCCAGACCCCAUUCAGCUAUGCUCAGAGCAAUGUGCGCUAGCGCAAGGUCGAGUCGCCCCCUCCCCCUUCCCGACUUUCCUUCCACCUCGCAACAAUGGCUUUCCGGGUCUACACGCACGUAUGGAGUUGCAAAAGUCUUUGAAUUGUCGAGUGGCCCGUAGUCUACAAGUCUACUGUUGGUGCACUUUUUCCCUCCUCGACGGAGGAUCCUUAUGCAUAUAAUGGGAUAUAUAUAUACAAAGAAACAACAUCAUAUUGGAGCAAGGGCCGGGUCUACGGACAAUGCAUAUUCUGGCGUUUGGAUGUGAUGAUCUUAUGGUGUAUGAUGGCUACGAUCAAAUGUGGUUUUUUUUUUUUUUUUUAUUUUAUUUUUGAAAAGCGUCACGAGGAGUUUCUGUUGCUUGUACAUAGUAGCUCUUGACUGAUCUCUUCGCAUCCAUCAAUAUACAUACAUACUUCCUACAGC